AUGAGGAAAUGUUCGGGUGAAGAUAUGAAAGACAUUUAUUCUGAAACAGAAGGCAAGGACGUCGCUCUGGGAUUCUCUAAUCCCAAACUGCGCAACCUGCUGCCAAUAGCCUUCACACCAAAGGACAUCACAGAGUACUUUACACGCGUCGUUGAUGACACAAUCAAACAUCGAGAGAAGACUGGCGUCAUUAGGAAGGACUUCAUGCAGUUGAUGAUUCAGUUGAAGAACAAUGGAUAUGUUGAUGACAGCUUCUCAAUCACUGGGCAGAAGAGUGCUGAACAGAAAAGUAAGACGCUGACGACCAAGGAGGUGGCAGCACAGGCGUGGGUGUUCUUCCUCGCAGGGUUCGAAACAUCCUCCACCACCGUAAGCUUCUGUCUGUAUGAGCUCGAUAGACAUCCAGAUAUCCAGAAGAAAGUGCAAGAAGACAUUGACGACGUACUGAAAAAGAACAACGGUGAUGUGACGUACGACAUUAUAAUGACCCAGAUGCCGUAUUUGGAAAAGGUGGUGAAUGAAACCCUUCGUAUGUAUCCACCCGUUCCAGUUUUGAAUCGCGAGGUGGUGCAGGAUUACAAGCUUCCAGGAUACGACUGUGUCUUGGAGAAAGGAAAUAAGGUGCUCAUUCCAGUCCGGUUACUUCAUCAUGAUAGGAAAUUUUUUCGAAACCCCGAGAAAUUCGAUCCGGAGCACUUCUCUGAGGAGCAGAAGGCAUCCAGGCAUCCCUACUGUUAUCUACCCUUUGGUGAAGGGCCUCGCCUCUGCAUUGGGAUGCGUUUUCGACUGAUGCAGGUGAAGUUGGCGCUGGUUCAUCUACUGUCAAAAUUUGACUUUCUGCCCGUUGGAGACAAGCAGUCGAAACUACGUAUGGCUCCAAACAACGUCGUGCUGACACCAAUCGGGGGAACCGACUUGAGGGUGGAGCAUCGACGAAUGUCUGUGAGUUGAAAGCGCGGCUGAAACUGAAGCCACGCUGGAUAACUCUGGAAGACUUUCUGCACAACCUUUCCUCACAUACUAGAGAAUCGGGUCCAACAAAUAACUCUUUGUUGUGAUGGAAAAUUAAUGUCAUUUUAUUCCUUACAGUGAGAUAUUAUAAUUCGCCAAUUGAUAAUUUUGCUCCCACAACAAGCGUAAUUUUUUUCUGUGUUACGUAGAGUGACCAUUAAGACUGAUAUUACUGUAAAGUUGUACAGUAUUUUUAUUACUUUUUUACCAAACCAUAAAGAUGCAUGUAUUGCAAUGACUCCUACUUCCUUCCUUUUCGUUGUCUCUGGAUGUCAUUUAGAGGUGUCGAAUUCCUAUCCUUACUUUUACACUGGUGUAGUUACUUCCAUGCCAUCUCUACAUGCUACUGUCUGAAACAAAACCAUGUACAUUAAGUCUGUUGCUAGUCUACCGUUGUGAAUAUUUGUAGGAUGUGAGGACUGCAGCAUUUGCGUUUCAGACAAGUAAACAAGGACUGACGUUGGUCAGAGACGUAAUUUACAAGCAUGAUUGCAAAAAGUCUCCUUCUUUACAUAUAAAAAAAGAAAAUAUGUGUAAUCCAUUUC